AAAACACAAGAUCAAUCCAACCAAAUCGAUUCUCUGAAAUAAAUACUGUCAACUCUUCUCCAGAACCACACCAGCCCUCCCCAGUUACAAAAUGGGCCCUUCAAGAUCCCCCCUUCUCCCCUACAUGUCCACACUCUUCAGCACAAUUUUUCUGGGCUUCGGCCUGACAUACAUGCUCUCCCCGCGCACCGGCUACGCCGUCUACGGCUUCUCUUCGCAGCCCAGCAACGCUCAUGACUGGGCAAUUGUGGAGCGCAUCAUGGUCCUGUACGGCGCCAAGGACGUCUUCAUCGCAGCAGCGGUCUACAGCUCGACUUGGUUCGGCACGCGGAGGAGCGCGGGGAUGGUUUUGGUUGCGGCGGGUGCGUGUGCGGGGGUUGAUGGAUAUGUGGUCAAGAGCGAGGCGGGGACGGGGGAGUGGAAUCACUGGGGGUAUAAGAGUGUGAUGGGGGUCGUGGGAUCAGUGAUGGCUGGGUUGUUGGGGUUAGAGAUUGAGGCAUUUUGUAUUGAUGGGAGAUCUGCGAGCUUGGCUCAUCCGUGACAUUGAGCUCGGAGGCACAAUCAUGGAGCCUUCUCCCAUCGGUUGGGGGGACGCUACGGAUGUGCGAGCGAAGCUUUAAUAUCCGUCCAUGUAGAUUGGCUCUUGUCUGAUGAAGCUGCGCAAUACUAUGUCGACCUCUGCAAGGCUGGUGGUGCGCAUGUCCAUUCGCCAGUCGGGGUUUGCGUAGGGCUUGACGGGCUUGUACGCAUCGUUGGCAUCAUAGCUGUACAUCUCGAGCCGUGGUCCGAAGAACAG